GACUUUAUUUAAUUUACAACUCACACUCGCUGACUUUCUUUUCCUCUAUUUUCUCUUGCCUUCCUCCUCCUGCAAGAGUUGUGGCCAAAAUUCUAGGGUAGAAGUAGUUAAAACUUAAGAUGCUCGAAUUAAUCGCCAAUGGACGCUUUCGCCAUUUAUCUUCUCCCGUACCACCAAAGACCCCGAGGAACAAAUUCAAAAGGUCGAUCGAGGUAAACGCAAGGUUUCGGAAUAACCGAAACAUAACUCCGAAAAGAAUACCAGAGCUCGAGAACCCAUUAGGACUAGAAGACGAUUGGAGAGUUAACACCCAAUCAACUAGACAAGCUUUGAUCAAGAAAGGCGCGGAACUGACCUCGAACGGGGGAAAGAAAAAGUUUUGGACUAAAUUGCAAAAUUUCCAUAUUUUGCACCAAGGUAAGUUGUAUGUAAAUAUUACAAUAAUUUCAUGUACAUUCUUAUAUUUCAGCCUAUUAUAUAAAUAUACUAGCUGAUGUUAAAAUAUAAAUUGACUAUUGGAAGAAUGGA